CCCACCUCUGUUUAGUUAUCGUGACGGCGGUACGUGGACGUCAGAGCAAAUCAAAACAUAACAACUUGCACUUGUUGCAACUCAACAAAAUUAUUUCGAAUCCUGAUACGAUGAUUGCGCUUAAGAACAAACCGCUGAAAAUGCUGAGCUUCGACGAAAUCGUGGAUGCCUUCAGGGUUAAUCUUUUGGAGAAACUCGUCAAAAAGCACGGUCCCCAACCGUUUGAAUGCCGCUGGGCGGAGCUCGUCGAGACCGAGUACGACCAGAAAGUGGCCUUGGUGACGCAGCUUAUCAGAUCCGGCGUCGACUGCGACUGGCAAAACGAUAAGGGCAAAUCGCCGAUGGAAUUGGCGCUGGCGCUCAACAAUCCAAAACUGAUAGCGGCCAUGCUACAAGCGGAAGCUGCUCGGUUCGAUGUGCAACGGAUGGUUUACCGGCUGGUGCGACGGGGGAACGUCGAGCUCUUGCAGAUGUUCUUCAAGAUCCAGAAGAUCUCCAGAACGGACAAGUUCCGGAUGGUGUCGCUGGCACUAGAGGAGACACUCUUAAGAAGGACUGCUAUGAAGGAUAAGAUGCGGGAUUUUUGUAACAAGCUGAUUUUGGCAAAAUUUUAUGGCACGCACAAAAUCACGAAGUUUAGCUUGGCUCAGCGGAAGCAACACAUCAAGAAAAGAAUCCAGAUCAUUUGCAAGGAGGUUGAGUUUCUGCAAAGUUACGGCACUGAAAUUUUUACGAAUAUCGACAACAAUUUCCUGACAUCGCUGGACAUCGUAUCCGAAAAUUUGUUCGCCGUUGAUUUGUUGUGGAAGCAUCCAUCUCUAACUAAACUCAAAGAGUAUGCUACUUGGAGCUCGUUACAGCCCAAUAAAAUCAACUACCUAGUACAGAUCUAUGUAGAUGUUCUGAUGGAAAAGCUUCCCGAUCUCGGACUGGCCAUCGACAAAAACCUUCUGCUGGACAUGCUGAGCAUGUUGAGCUUUGAACUAAACAUGAUCUACACGAAGGACUACCAAGGUGUGGAAGAAAAGGAAAAUUUUCUUGUCAAGAUAGUCAAGCAGAAUACCGUCAAUGAAGCAUGGAAGACAAAGUAUCCCCAGGUCAAACUGACCAAACAACAUCGACGAUUCGCGAGAAAGCAUGACACCAAGGCACUGGCCAGGGCCGGUUUCAACAGUAAACAACAGCAACAUUUGAUUGCGGUAGUGCAUGACAAGAAAAAUGUGGAACAACUUCGUGAGCUUUGGAUGCAAGAGUUUCCAAAUGUUCGCCUUGGACAGAGGGCAGUAGCUUGGGCUUCUGGAAAGGGUGGCACAACUAGUUCAGGGCCUUUCAGCGGCUUUUGCCGGAGAACGCGUUACGUACUUAAAACAGUCAACAAAAUCUACAGUCGUGUCAAAAGUUAUUACUCUCUCACUAUGAUGCUAAGCGCCAUCAAUGUGAUUUACAACAUUUCGUUAACAGAGAAAAUGGCCACCGAAUUCGGCUAUGCAGCUUGUCAACGAGUCGUUCAAAUCAUGGGCGAACUUUGCAAAAACACCGAAAAAACUCCGAAUCUGCAGGGCGCACUCCACAAGCACAUGUCCUUUUGGAGUUCGCAAAGUUUGCUGGACAUUUUUCAUCAUCGCAGAAAUGUCGUAACGCACGGAUUAUCGUUGACUGAGGUAAAUUUUCGGAUUCUUCAAAACAGCGGUGAACUAAAUGCGGGAAUCUUAUUGGCGUAUUGCCAAAUGAUUCAAUCGGAGCUGCAGAGAACAUACCCCCAUCUGAAGUAUUUCCAGCUAUGCGAACUGACCAGGCUAAUCAGGAGGUGCUUGGGACGCGUUUGGCAGUUGAAGACUUUGGAACAACGUGAAACGUUCGCCACCAUGAUUGACAGAGGGAAACGAAGCAUCUGGAAGGACACAACAGCGGAACUAAGCAAUUUUGACCAAAUCAAUUCAUUGCUUGACACACUGCUGAGCAGUAGCGAAGACAGACAGCUUUAUGAUGGUUUGAAAGAGGUCAAGACUAAAGUUGACCUAGCUAAAACGAAGCAUGAGGAAUACGUUGCAGGUCUUCAACGCUAUCAAGUGUUUGCGUGGAAACUGAUUGAGUCUUGCGGAAAUUACUCGGAUAAAAAUGUGUUAAAUCAUUCGCUGAAGGCUCGUCUGAAUCUACCUCAGAUGUACUACUCACCUGUAAACCAAGCAAUUAUGCGGGAAGCAAAUCAAUUGCUUUCGUCGAUUAUGGAAAGAAACCAGUAUUCGAAAGACACGGGCCAGCAUCUAGUUGAACUGAAUCGUUUGAUUGCCCAAAAGGUAGACCGCGAAAGCCAGCUCAAAAAGGCACAUCAAAUCAACCAAUUUGUACCUUUUCAAAACGAACGCUACACUGAGCGACUGCUGGAAUCGUUGGGAGUCAAAGAGUUGCGCUUUGACAAGUUUUACGCAGUUCACGAUGCGCUGGAUAGCCGAGUGUACGAUCCUCUUAACAAUCAACACGAGGUUGGAAUGUUUGCAGUUGAACAAAAGUUCACCGUCAUUGAGCGUGUUCUGCAAGAGAACGACAUCAAGUACGAUUCACAGCAGCUUGACAAAUGCCAAAAGGAAGACGGUCAUCUGCUUAAGCGAUUGCUGGAACAAAUGCUCGAGUCACUUCAUCAGCUAAGCCGCGUGACGGUGAACUUUGAGGACCAAUACUCUGAGGCACGUGCUUUAGCUAGGCAGUUUGGUUUGCUGGAAAUCUGCUCAAUUUUAGCACAUACCGAGCCAUUCCAGAGCAACUUUGACUAUCUGAACACACCAGUGCCACUGCUUGCGGGAAGAUAUCUACGGAACGCCCUAGCACAUGACUUUGUUCUGUUUAAAUCAGCCUUUAGUUUCGAUGGAGAAACACUAAAUCAAACGAUUGAAGUUCUUUUUGAACUGCGAUCUUCGCUGUUGAACGAACACUGCCAGUCUGGUGCCCUGCCCCAUUUUGGUGAGAUUACCGAAAAAUACAGCCGUCAUAAACGACUGGUUGAGGGUCAGACCGUGGGAACUGAUGGUAAGCUCGACAAGGUCCUGAACAGUCGUCUGGACAUCUACGGUAACUAUUUUUUCAUUUGGAAGGGGGAAAGCAAAUUCCAUCAUAAUUUGUUGGAUGUUCUUCUAUAUUACUACAGAGAUGAUGCCAUCGCAUACAUCGAGGAAUGUUCCCAAGGUAGUGGAAAAUCUCCAUCAAGUUCAGUUUUCUCAUAUCUGUGGAACCGACUUCGUUACAGCCACUUGCUCGGAUGGCCACUUCAGACAAUCGUGAAGCUUUUCUCUCUUGGUGGUGUCAAUACUGGUGUUAUGCACCAAGAUGGUUUGGCCGACGAAGUCGAUAGAGUGUGGCAACAUUUAGCCGAACGUAUGAGGGUUCCUCUGGAAGACUUUGGUUACGAUCCACCCGAACAGGUGGAAAAAAUCCUCUGCUUCUUUUUGUUUGUGAAACGAUUUGAUAAAUUUUUAGAAUUUUUCCACAGAUAUGGGGAAAAGUUUGAUUUCAUCAAAUUUCACAAUCUACUUUCGGAUAUUCCCGACGUGGUAGACAAGCUGGCCGAAUUCCUACCCUGGGGUUCCGCCAAAGAUCAACAUUUCAGUAUGAUGCACUCACUUUGUGCGUCGAACAAUGUUGAAGCAUUGAAAAGUGCCAUUAAACGGCUUUCCAGCAAACAGCUUUGCAUUCGUUCGAAAGAGAAUAGUACACCCAUCCAAACCGCUACUUGGAAUUCCAGCUUUAGAGCUAUUAGAGUAAUGCUCGAAAGUAGAAAGCUUACACAGCUGGAUUCUUAUACGCUUGCUACGAUAAUUGAAACGCACCAAAAUGAUCUGUUGAAAUAUUUCAAACCGUCACUGGAAUCGAACCAGCUACGAGACAACUUUUUAGAGUGUGGUAUUAAACUUGUAACUGCUGGCAACAUUGAUGCUUACAGGGCACUAAGGAAAAUGCUAUCCGAAAACGCAUUCCGGCGGGUUUGUCCCGACGACGGUAGUUUACCACUAAUUAGUUUGGCAAUUGGUUGUGGAACUAAGAAAACGUUUGUGCACCAAUUGCUAGCUGAUCCCAAACUGAAGUCAACCUUCAACAGACCAUCGAAUCAAGAAAAGUCACCGUUUUUGUUCGACAUAGGCUCAGGUCGUUUCAAAUAUACUGACUUUUUACUAUCAAAUGGUGUCGCCGUGGAUUUUAGCGUCAUCAAAGCGGUAGUGACAUUCAACUGCUUCAAACGGCUCAAGUGGUUGCUGCGAAAGUCCGACACAGUACUAACUGACUCGCAACAGCAGGAAAUCUGCAAACUAAUCGUCACAGAGAACCUCGACUUAAGAAUGCUCAAAUGUUUCACUGGAUUAGAAGACUUACCGGACGGUGACCUCACCAGAAUGCUCGAGCUCACUCUUCAGCGUUACGCUUUCGACGCCUGUCGCCUCAUAUGCGAAACCUUCCCUCCAAUUUUAACAAACUAUAACAGAAAACUUCGGGCCCAUCCAUUAGCGGUAGCUAUCAAUGGAAUCCACCGCAACCACUCCUUGAAUCGCUACCGACCGUUCCUUCAUUUCCUGAUCAAAACGUGCACCAACAUCCCCCUCCAGGAAGCGCUUCUUUUCGACGCACUCAAUCUGGGCGAUUUGCAAAUAGUGCAGGCCCUGGUCGAUGCCGGUGUUCCAACGGACGUAGAAGUAGCUGGAUUUACCCCACUUUCGCAAGCUGCCCACAACUGCGCCACCUACCCUAACGCGCAGGCGUACGCCAUGUUUGAACUGCUGCUCAAAAAAGGAGUCCGCGUUCAGAACCUGGUGUUUUGCCACACCCACUAUUUGCGGGUCGUUCGACUGCUCGAGCUGUUGAUCGAGCACACCUCGUUUGGGGCGAGCUCGGAGGAACUGUUGGUCAUCCUCUUGAACGCGCAGGUGAUCGGAAGUGAGCGACUGAUGCAGGCCCUGUUGCGGAAGUACCGAUUUUUGGCCGCGUCUUUCUCUUUCGAUCGGGACGAGCGGUUGGUGCUUGAUUCGCGAUUUGCUCUGGAUUUGUACCAAUAUGAUUUAGAAUGUAAGCUUCUACGUUUUAUUGAUACAGUCCGGGCUGGAAUAUUGAAAACCUUGAUCAAUCCACGAUUCGGUCAUCCAACCUUUGAUUAUACGAAGUUAUUUGGAUAAUCAAUUCUAGUUUUCUUUUUUGUACAAUUCGGUCCUAAAAUUAAGCUUAGAUUGCUGCUGAUUUGUACGACCGCAAAGGAUUUAAAAUGGAUAUUUAAACCAAUUUAAAAAAUUGACUUCACUUCUUGACAGAAAAGGUCCUCCAAGCUGUCAAUGUUCCAGCGUAGUUUAUCCAUCGAAAAAUGUUGUCUUGUCAAUUUACUUUUUUUUGCAUUAAAAUGAAAACAAGUGAACGUGUUUUUAACGUUGUUCAUAAAAAUUGACAAAGGACCCUAUUGUGGAACAUCAACUCACUGUGAUCUUCAAACUAAUAAAUAUCUAUGUUAAAGAUUUAGGUUAAAAACCUAGAUUGUACCUGGUAAUCAACUAAUUCAAUUUAAAGUGCAUUUUUACUGUUGUACGAACCGUAUAAAUAAAUUUGGAUUUGGUAUUUUUUUAGAAAAAUAUAUGCAAUGUACGUGCAUGAGUGCAAAGGAUAAUAAUUAUUUAUAUUUUUACAUGUUAUGAAU